AUGAUUGGGAGAAAGCGGGGUCACCCACCCUUUACAAUGGGCGACAUGACACUGGCCGCUGUUAGGAGUACUCGUGACUUGGGCGUUAUCAUCCAGGACGACCUCAAAACCCGAGAACAACCAACUUUGGCGAGACACAAGGGCCUGACAUUACUUUGGAUAUUCAAAAGAGCAUUCACAUCCUGCUCCAUGCAGAUAUUCCCACUCAACCUGUUUACCUACGAAUUUCGACGCUCCAGAGGCGACCAAAUCAUGAUUUACAAAGUGAUCGUUUGCGGUGACAUCCCGGAGGUCGCUCAGUACUUCAAACCGGCCGUUGCGCGCUGUGAAUACAUGGAACAAAAUCCGCCCCCCGAUAUUGUUGCUGCCGACAUGGUUGUCGGUUUCAAGAAGAAAUACGACGCCUUUUAUGAAUAG